AUGAGUACAUGCUCAAUCAAAGUACGUGUAAGCUUCGUUCUGGUUUGCUGUUUACAGGUAUCAAAAGUGGCUGACUGUUGUGGCCCAGUGAAAUCAACCAAUGCGGCUAGUGUCGACAUACCAGCUACUUGUAGCUCCAUCGCCAUUUCCCCAGAUCCAACAUCGACUGAUGUGUUAGAGGUAAGUUGUCGUACCUAG